CUUCAUCAGGAUUCAUUUACAACAUCUCCCCCUUGUGUAAAGAGAGGAUACACAGCUUGGAUGACGUGUGACCUGCCCCUCAUUCUGUAACCCAAUUCUUCUUGCCUUGGGAGGGGGAUCGCUGAGGGUACUGGGAGUGCUGGUAGGCACAGGACACACAUACGUUCUCUUCAUCACCCUGCAUUGGAGUGUGCAUGUGCAGAGCAGCGUCUGGAUACACCGAGCGCUGUAAUUAACACAUGCUGGAGGCGUACUUUUCCUUAUGACGUGUGACUUUCCCAUUCUGCUCGAUGAGAAAGUUGCUCCUGUUGACCAAGAUCAGGACCUCUGCCAUCCAGACAGCUACAAAGAACCCAUCUGAACAUACAUAGACCUUCACAAGAGAACGAGAUUCAUUUGGAUCCCGAAGAUGAAGAGUCUACUCAUCCUGGUGCUAAUUUCUCUCUGUGGGGCUGAUCACCAUGCCAGCAACUCCACAAUACAUCACGACAGGAUUAUUCACAUCCAUGAGAACGGACCACAUCUGUACGUGGAGGUAGAACAAACAAAAAUAAUUUCACAUCGAGGUGGUAAUGCAACACUGCCUUGCAAAUUCCAACAUGACUCGGUAUCUGCUGGCUCACCGUCUCAUAAGAUUCGAAUCAAGUGGACUAAACUAACAUCAGAUUACCUCAAGGAGGUGGAUGUCUUUGUUUCAAUGGGGCAUCACAAGAGGAGUUAUGGCAGCUACCAGGGCAGGGUUUACCUGCAAGGAGCAAGUGAAAAUGAUGCUUCUCUAGUAAUCACUGACGUAACACUGGAAGACUAUGGCAGAUACAAAUGUGAAGUCAUUGAAGGACUGGACGAUGAUACAGCGGUUGUAUCUUUGGAUUUACAAGGCAUUGUUUUCCCAUUCUUUCCUCGAAUGGGCCGUUACAAUCUGAACUUUCAUGAAGCCCAACAAGCCUGUCAAGAUCAGGAUUCUAUCAUCGCCUCUUUUGAUCAACUCUACGAUGCAUGGAGGUCAGGACUGGAUUGGUGUAAUGCUGGCUGGCUCAGUGAUGGGUCAGUACAAUACCCUAUAACUAAUCCAAGAGAACCCUGUGGGGGCAAGAACACUGUUCCUGGAGUUCGGAACUAUGGCUUCAGAGACAAAGAUAAAGGCAGAUAUGAUGUGUUCUGUUUUACCUCAAACUUCAAAGGCCGCUUCUACUACCUAAUACACCCAACCAAGUUGACAUAUGACGAAGCCGUGCAAGCAUGUAUUAAUGACGGUGCCCAAAUUGCUAAAGUAGGUCAGAUGUAUGCGGCUUGGAAACUUCUCAACUAUGAUCGAUGUGAUGGUGGAUGGUUGGCUGAUGGAAGCGUCCGCUACCCAAUCUCGAAACCCAGAAGGCGCUGCAGUCCCAAUGAGGCAGCUGUUCGUUUUGUUGGCUUCCCCGACAAAAAGCACAAGCUAUACGGUGUUUAUUGUUACAAAGAAUAGAACUGUAAUAUCCAAGGGCACAACAGUAUUAAGAAAACAAUUAAGAACAUGUGAAAGAUUUAUUUUCAGUAUGAACUCAUGCAAGCUACAAAAACUGUGAUGAAACUUUUUACUUACUGUACAAAUUAUCAGAAACCCAUGUCAUUCCUUUUUAAUUUUAUAUAUAUAUAUAUCAUUAUCAGAACAGACCAUCCUUAUAUUAAUUGCUCUAAUUAAAUCUUAAUUAGAGCAAAACUGUUAAGCUAAAGAACCAUACCAAAUAUAUACAGUAUUUUAUUAAACAGGCAUGCCAUAGCUUGGUAAUAAAUGUUUUAAUCGAGGAAUGUAAGGUUACUCAAAAUAGAAGCUUAUGAAGCACAUUUUUUAAGAUAGUUUAUAUUAUUAUUAUUUUUAAUGCACUACGAGGAGAAAUAAAUCAGCAGGGUUGCCAUUUUGAAUACUCAUUAUUUGUAGGUAAACAGUAAAGUAGCUUAGAAUAUUAGCAUAUAAACUGUAUUUACAUAGGUCCAUGGCUUGUUUUAGUGUAUAUUAUUUGAAGAAAAAAAAAACAAAACAAAGAAAAAAAUAUCAUAAUUGCCCAUUUGUGUUGUAAAAAGCACAGUGAGGAUUCUCAACAUUUAAACUGUAUUUUUUAUUGUAAAUUAAACAUUGAUGAAUGUUUGAAUUAUUAACGAAUGACCCCUACCUUAAUUCACAUGAAUAAAGCCUGAGAAGCAUAGAGUUACAGGUACCUUUGAAUCGUAUUAAUGGGUUAUUUAACCUCUUGAGUGCCAACAGCUCAGACCAAGCAAAGCCCGUGGCAUUCAAUAGGCUAAGCUUCCUAUCAUCUGGAUAAGAUAAAUUCAGCACUUACUCAGGGCAGUUAUAUAGGUGAACUGCUGGGCAGAACAAACACAAGAUAUAACAAAUUUAUUGUAUGUUAUUAUGUCUUUAUAAAGAGAUAUUUAAUAUGUCAUUCCUAUUUACAAGUAAAAAUGUAAUUGGAUAACCUUAUUAAAAUAUUACAAUUAUAUAA